AUGGUCUUGCGCGGAAGAUACCUACACUGGGCUGUGACAGCUGCAAGCUGUCAAGCCUUUCUUCUCCUGGGAUAUGACCAGGGAGUUAUGAGCGGCCUGAUUGGCGCGAACAAUCAAUUUGGACAAACCUUCAACAACCCUGACAGCACGAUGCAAGGCCUCCUUACUUCGAUCUACGAUAUCGGUUGUGCAGUCGGAUGUCUCCUCAGUCUCGUUAUCGGCCAUAAAUUCGGUCGCCGCAAGAUGAUUAUCGCUGGUGGUUCAAUCAUGAUUAUAGGAACAAUUAUCCUUGGCAGCUCCUAUACCGUUCCACAAUUCCUCGUCGGUCGAAUUGUCACUGGCAUUGGCAACGGAAUCAACAGCAGUACCGUUCCAGCCUACCAAUCCGAGUUAGCGCGCCCAGAGCAGCGUGGCAUGUUACUCUCUGCCCAGGGCACUGUUACAAUUCUCGGUCUCUGUAUUGCAUACUGGCUGGACUAUGGACUGAGCUUCGUGGACACGCCCGUUCAAUGGCGGUUCCCAAUCAGUUUCCAGGCUUUCUUUGCCAUCUUCUUGGUUUUACAGAUGAUUCCCCUGCCCGACUCACCACGCUGGCUCUGUGAACAAGACCGCAGUGACGAGGCGGCGUCGGUCUUGGCACGUCUUCAACUGGAUCAGCCCGCUAAUGAGUCCAGUCCUGAGGUUGUUCAUCUUCGUCAUCAAAUUGAAUCGUCUAUCGAGAUUGAGUCUGCUGGCGGACCCUUCAAAUACAAGGAGCUCUGGUCGGGUGGCCAGAUGGGCAAUCUUCGUCGCAUGAUCUUGGCUGCAGUUGUUAAUAUCCAGCAGCAGUUUACAGGCUCAAAUAUGAUCAAUUACUAUAAUGCCAUGAAUCUAUCUCGCAAUUUGUCAUUGGUUCUCGGUGGCUGCACCUCUCUCGCGUACCUUGUUGGCUCUGUCAUCCCCUUGUGGAGUAUGGACAAAUUCGGUCGACGGGUAUCACUCAUGGUCUCCGCGGCUGGUCUCUGUUUCUGUUUCGUGAUGACUUCUAUUCUAUUGUCGACUGGCACUGCGCCGUGUGCAUAUGCAGCUACCGUGUUUGUCUUCAUAUUCCAGUUGUUCCUCGGCAUUGGUUAUCUGCCAGUUCCCUGGUUCUAUCCUUCUGAAAUCUCGACUACUCGUAUCCGAGCUAGAGCGCAAGCUUUUGGUGGUUUCGUCAAUUGGAUUUGUGUCUUCAUUGUUGUGCAAAUUACGCCAACGGCAAUUGAUAAUAUUGGAUGGAAAACGUUUAUCAUCUUUGCCUGCUUCUGUUUUGCCUGGAUUCCAAUGGUCUUUUUCUUCUUCCCCGAGACCAAAGGCCUGGAAUUAGAAGAUGUUGAUCACCUCUUCUCAAGAGGCGGAAUCACUGGAGGUGUUUGGGAAACUAGAGGUCAUCCCGUUCUCCCUGGCCACCACCGAACUUUGAACACCGGGACGAUUGAAAAACCAAUCGAGACUGCACACAUCGAGGUAUAG